CCACGUAAAACAAUAAGUAAUAUGUCUAAUACAGCAGUCAUUGUGUAUUUGCCUAUAUACGUGACAAAUCGCUCCGAUAAACUGCUACACGUACGCAAAUGAUUUCAUUAAAUUUUACAUUUUUACUCAAUAUAAAAUUUUUCCUCAAUUCCAGGGUUUUCAAACAUGAUUAAUUAUAACGUCAUUGACGCACCGAUAGAUUAGGCAUUGACAUUUUGUAGGUACAUGAGUGUAUUUUACAGAAAUAGUGUCAUAACCCAUAUUUAUUGGGAUAUGUUUGUGAGGAUAUUGUUGUCAUGGGAUAUUAAGACGCGAAGCCUUAUUUCGGAUACCGUUUAUGAGGAGAGGUGGGUCGAACAAAGGAAUAAUCUCCUUUUCGUCCACUACAAAUAUCUCCUUACGAAGUUGGGAAUUGUUUCGUAAAUAUUCUGCUUUAGUGUCAUUAAUAAGAGUGUUUAUAGCACUAAUAUUGGUCGCCCCUUGGUCACACACAGUUGCUACUACGCGUAAUCCUACGCUGUGCAGUUUUCUUAUACUCGUAAUGUACAGGUUGGACCAAAAGUCUUUUUAAAUUUUAAACAGGAAUAAAAAAUAAACUAAUUGUGCUAGGUAAAAACUGUUUAUUGCUUAUGAAAAUACAUAAAUGAGGAUUUUUUUUUUUUAAAUCACAUCGUCCAUAUGUGAUCCUUCAUUAUUUUUACACUGCUGUAACCUGGAACGAAAAUUUUAAGCAACGUCUGGGCAAGCGUAAUUUUAGUGGGGAUAGGAAGAAAGUUACGGAGUCUCCUCAGGGAAGCCACUGACGCAAACAUCUUCCUGCUAACUUCGCUAAGCUGGGGCAUCCAAGAAGCACUUUUUCUUGGAUGCCCCAGCUUAUCCAUAAUAAUACCCAGGUUUUCCACAUGGGGAGAGAAGGGAAUCAAUACUCCGUUAAACAUUAUUGGUGGGAUAUUAUUAAAGUCUACUCUCGAAAUCAGUCUGGGGCUCCCAAUAACGAUGGCUUGAGUUUUACUUGGGUUAACGUUUAAUCCAUAGCUGCUGCUCCUUUCAGAAAUUCGUUGUAAAUCACUUUUUGUCGACGAGAUAACAGCUGAUAGAUCGUUAAGCGAACCCUGUGAAUAUAUUUGAAGAUCGUCGGCAUAAAGGUGGAAAGAUGAAGAGAGAUUGAGGGUAAUGGAAUUAAUAAAUAAAGAAAAUAACAAAGGAGACAACACGCCGCCCUGCGUGCUGCAUCCGGAUGACUGGGAAGAAUCUACCUUUAUACGUUGCCGACGACCAGUUAGAAAGCUACGAAACCACUCAAUUGUAGCAGGAGAUAUGUUGAGAGAACGUAGUAUCGCCAGCACAAUGUCAAAAUCAACAGUGUUAAACGCGUUGCUAAAGUCCAGCAACGUUAACACUGUUAACUUACGAUCAUUCAUACCGAAGCGUAUAUCAUCCGUGAUGUUUACGAGAGCAGUAGCCGUACUAUGUCCCGAACGAAAGACAGAUUGAAAAGUAUUCAGCAGAUCAUUAUUGUUGAGAAAGAAAAGAAGCUGUUGGAAAAUUAAGCGCUCAAGGACUUUGGAAAGGAAAGGAAGGAUAGAGAUAGGACGAUAAUCAGAGAAAGCAGUAGGAUUGGAUUUCUUAGGUAAGGGAUAACUUCAGCAUCUUUCCAAAAUGAAGGAAAAACGGAAUUGGAAAUUGAAGAGUUUAAAAUACAGAUAUAGUAUGAUAUGCAUAAAAACAAUUGCGAUCCUCAAUCAAACACAAUCUAACAUUGCAUUUACUGCACAAAAAUUUGGUUUGUCCUUUGAUGCCUUUUUUUACAGCGGCCUUCUAGAGACGUGGAGAAGUUGUCAAAGUACUUUACAGGCAGGUUCUUGAAUCGUUUGUGACAUAACAACUUUUGCUCCUAAACCCAUGCAAUCUUCGUCAUCAGUAAAUAUAACGUGACGAAAGGUAUCUUCUCCGCCAUAAAUCAAAAAAUCAUACACGAAUCCGGUCAUUCCUGCUCGCACAAAUAUUUUAUACCCCCAUUUCCGAGGUUUGCUUUUUAUGUAUUGUUUUCUUGAGCCUGCUCUAGUCCCUUUGUAUGGAACCAUUAUUUCAUCAAUGCUGAAAUGGUUUUCCUCUUCGACUUUCAAACAAUUAAGACGAACUCUUUCAAGGAAUGGCCGGAUUUUAGGCUUGAAACAGUGCUCGACCGACUGUCAGCGCUGACCUUCGGUCCUGACCGUCAGCGCUGACCGUCGGUGGAGAAAAUGCAUUCAGUGCUACGCUGACAGCGAACUGCGACGCGCGUGUACAGUUGUAAAGAAAAAUGAAUCCUUUUGCUGUAAAUGCUCUAAUAUGUGCACGCUAUUUUUUGCGCCGACGUCGAAAUAGAAGGCGGCGAAGAUAUCAUGUACAUCCAAUACUUGUAGAACGGUUACUUGAAGGUGAAUUUUGCAAACUAUUUUCGAAAUUGCAAGAAGACGAGGAAAAGUUUUUUGAUUAUUUCAAGAUGUCAAUCAGAAGUUUCGAUGAACUCAUCAUCAUUCGCUUGCCCUUAUCCCAUUCAUUUGGGGUCGGCGCAGCAUGUCUUUUUCUUCCAUAUCUUUCUGUCACCCGUCAUCUCAUCAUUCACUCGCGUUCGUUUCAUGUCAUCUCUCACACAAUCCAUCCACCUUUUUUCUAGGUUUUCCUCUCCCGUUCCAUCCCUCCACAUUCAUUCGUAAUACCUUUCUCGUCACAUGACUUUCAUCCCUCCGCAUCACAUGCCCAUACCACGCUAGGCGAUUCGCUCUUACUUUAUCUAUUAUGGGUGCAACUUUCAGGCUUCCUCUUAUAUACUCAUUCCUUAUCCUAUCCAUUCUUGUCACACCACACAUCCAUCUUAACAUUCUCAUUUCCGCUACGUGCAAUCUCUUUUCAUCCGUCACUUUUAGGGCUGUUUCGAUGAACUACAAGCAAGAUUACAUGAUACUUUGAAACAUUCGAAUAUGUUUCGAGCUUCUGUCCAACCUAUUGAAAGAUUGGCUGUGACUUUAAGAUAUUUCGUGACGGGAGAGACAUUUAAAGAUCUUCAUUUUAGCUACCGUUUGGGGGCUUCAACUAUUGGUGAAAUUGUAAAAGAAGUCUGUAAGAACAUUUGGAUUCUACUCCAUGAAGAGUGUCUUUCGAUACCUAAUUCACAGGAAGGGUGGCUACAAAUUGCUGACGGUUUUGAAAAUAUAGCAAAUUUCCCUAAUUGCAUCGGUUGUAUAGACGGAAAGCAUGUCAGAAUAAUUUGCCCUGCACAUAGUGGGAGUCUCUACGCUAAUUAUAAAAAGUUUUAUUCUGUAGUUCUAUUGGCUAUGUGUGAUUCUGACUAUCGCUUCACCUAUAUAAAUGUAGGAGCAUAUGGAACAGAUUCUGAUUCAAAUAUUUUUCGAAGAAGUUCAUUAUUUACAAAGUUACAUAACGGAGAAAUAAUAUUGCCUCCUCCAAAAGCACUACCUCAUACUACAGAACCCCUCCCGUAUAUGAUUCUCGGCGAUGCCGCGUUUGGUAUAUCGAACAAAGUUUUAAAACCUUUCGCGCGAAGUAAUCUGACACAUAAGAAAAAAAUAUUUAAUUAUCGAUUGAGCCGAGCUAGAAGAUAUAUUGAGUGUACAUUUGGAAUAAUGAAUAAUAAAUUUAAGAUAUUUCACAGACCAAUGAAUACUUCCGUACCGAAUACAAUAGCAAUCAUAAAGGCUUGUUGCGUUUUACAUAACUACAUUCGGGAAAGAGACGGAUACAGAAUACAGGAUACACUAACUGUUGUAGGCUUUCACGACCGCACUCAUAGGAACAUUAAUAAUAAUAUCAGAUCAGGUGACGCAAUAAGGGACAAAUUUGCCAACUAUUUCGUGUCACCUGAGGGUAGUUUACCGUGGCAAGAUUCUUGUAUUUUUUAAUUAAAUUAUAUUUUUCAACAGUAA